AUGAUCAAUGUUAAUUUUAUUCUAUUAGCUUUCAUUCAACUAUUCAGUUUUGUUGAUAGUCAAUGUAAUAUUCAUGGUCCUAUUUCAUGUAAUCUUGUACCGGCUGAAUGUCUCGAUUGUUCAUUAACAACCGAUUGUAUUUAUGGUGAACAACUUUUAACUUCAUGUCGAAUGUUUAAUGGUUCAUGUUUAACUGUUGAUAAGAAACUUGUUUCAUCAUUCGAACGUUUGUAUAUAUGUCAAUAUUGUUAUCAAACUCCAUUCGAUGAACUUGCCUGUACACCCAAUACAGCUUGUCGUCAUCAUCAGAACGGCAAUCGUUACAAAUCGAAUUGUACAAUUGCUGAUGAUACACAACUUUGUUUAGGUUCCAGAACAUUUUAUCGAAAUAUCGAAUGCAAUUGGACAAGCGGCCACAAGAAGUCCAAUGGAUUAUUAAUAAGUAUAUUUUUCGGUGGUCUAGGCUUUGAUCGGUUCUAUCUGGGACAUAUCAAAGAAGCACUUGGGAAAAUUUUCUCAUUUGGUGGUCUUGGCAUUUGGACAUUAAUUGAUUCUGUACUCAUUGCUUGUGGUUAUUUAACACCGGAUGAUGGUUCAGUUUAUAUGGAAUAA